GGAUCAGAAGACAAUACACAGCAGAAGUGAAGCAGAGUUUGUAGAAGGAAUGUUACAUCUCUGCUGGCAUUUUAGAGAAUCUAAAAUGGAGAUCAAAAGAAAGCAGCAAGAUUACAAGCCCUACUGCACCCUUCCCAAGCACCCCAUUCCUUCAUAAAGUGGUAACUAUUGUAAAUUCUAUGUCCAAGCCGGCUUUUCCAAGGUCAGAGAAAACGGAAAUCUUAAGAUUGGCCCAAUCAAAGAGGAACAUUAUCACUUUGAACAAAGACCUUGAAAAGGACCUGCAGAGGAGAGAUGAAGCAAACCAGGAGCUGCUUCUCAAAACCCAAGAGAAAGAACGCGAGAUCCAGAGAAGGCUUAAACUGCAAGUUUCAAAUAGACUCUUUACAAACUGGGAAAGAAAGAAUGAGACUCUGGUCCAUAGUACAACAGAACUGCAGAGAAAGCUUGCAAAGAAAUCACACAAGAUAACCAAGUGUGAACAAUGUUAUCCAGAUAGAACCCCAGAAGAGUUGCAGGUUAAGUUACAGUAGCUGGAAGCCUCCUGUACAGACCAAGAAAUGAAACUGGUGGAGGUAAUGGAAGACCACACAUUUAUAGCCCAGCUCUGUGAAGACCAAUCUCUCUGCAUAAAGAAGAACCAGGAAACCUUGAAGAGAAUAGAAGAACUAGAGACUUGAUCCCUUGAGAGACAAGUAUCAAAAGUCUUGAACAUGGACCCUGGGAGGAGAAAGUGUGAAGGCCAAAAUAAUGAGUGUACUUCUGUCCUCAAAACGACAACAUGGUUGGGUAAAAGGAUUUUUCACUGUCUCUUCAUCAUCCUAUUUUUGGUCAGACUGCUGGGAUAUGUGUUCUUGCAUAUAACUUUUAUAAAUCCAGACCUCCUUGUCAACACACUGCCAAAGAUACUGAGCAAAAGCAAUUUGUGGAAGCUGAGAUGUUUCCUCUUUCCAUCUCUCAUGCUUGAGACAGAGGACCUGUUGCCUCCUUGAUCACAAAAGCAUUCUUGGGCAACAGAAGGCAAGUUGGACCCAAGCUGUGGGUAGGAGAUGGUAAAACUUGUGAAAGGAAGAGAUUUCCCUCAGUUUCUCCUUCGAGCUUUGCCUACUUGAUGAAUCUUUGUCCUCUGCGUCAUUUGUCCGAGAUUGACCUUGCCCAGUAAAGAGCUCUAUCACUAGCUUUCUGUGUCUCUGUAGAUAAGCUGA